AUGCCCAGCAGGACAGAAUCCGAGGACGUCGCCAUGGACGAGGCGCCCCCAUCUCACCAGCCCGAGGAGAACUCCCAGGAGUCACCUGAGCAGGACGAGGAGGAAGAGGAGGAGGAGCCCCAGCGUGUCAGAAUUCUUCCCGGUUCAACUGAUACCGCCGCCUCAUUCGAGUUCAUCGAUGAGGGUCACACUCUCGGCAAUGCACUGAGAUACAUCAUCAUGAAGAAUCCCGACGUGGAGUUCUGCGCCUACGCCAUCCCUCACCCCUCCGAGGCCAAGAUGAACAUCAGAAUCCAGACCUAUGACGGAACUGCCGUCGCCGCCCUUCAAAAGGGCCUCAAGGAGCUGCAGGCUCUCAGCGACACCGUCGCGGAGGAGUUCAUUCGCUCCAAGGAUGAGUUUGGCCGCUCAUAA